AUGACUUCGAGCAAUCCCGAUCAGCGCCUGGAGCAUCUCCUUAGCGCAGUGGAGAGCGAGUUUCAGAAAGGCAGCGAGAAAGGGGAUGCCUCCGAGCGGGAUAUUAAACUAACGCUAGAGGAUGCGGAGUUAUGGAACAAAUUUAAAGAGUUAACAAAUGAAAUGAUCGUCACGAAGACGGGGAGACGGAUGUUCCCCGUGCUUAGAGCAAGUGUUACCGGCCUGGACCCAAACGCCAUGUAUUCUGUUCUCCUGGACUUUGUGGCGGCAGACAACAACCGUUGGAAGUACGUGAACGGCGAGUGGGUUCCGGGGGGCAAGCCGGAACCCCAGAGCCCGAGCUGCGUCUACAUCCACCCGGACUCGCCAAAUUUCGGCGCUCAUUGGAUGAAAGCGCCCGUCUCCUUUAGCAAAGUCAAACUUUCUAACAAACUUAAUGGUGGAGGACAGAUUAUGUUGAACUCCUUGCACAAGUAUGAGCCCAGGAUACACAUUGUGAAAGUUGGUGGCAUUCAGAAGAUGAUCAGCAGCCAGUCUUUCCCAGAGACUCAGUUCAUAGCAGUCACUGCCUACCAAAAUGAGGAAAUCACAGCCCUGAAAAUUAAACACAACCCCUUUGCUAAAGCUUUCCUGGAUGCUAAAGAGAGGAGUGACCACAAGGAAGCUCAAGAUCACAGCAGUGACAAUCAGCAGUCUGCAUACUCACAACUCGGCGGCUGGUUCCUGCCCAACAACGGCCCCAUCUGCCCCAGCAGCAGCCCUCCACAGUUUAGUGGCACCCCGGCACACUCUUCCAGCCCGUACUGCGAGCGCUAUUCUGGGCUACGGGGUCACCGGGCGUCCCCUUACCCCAGCCACUACCCUCAUCGGAGCACUAACACCAACAACUACAUGGAUAAUUCUUCAGGAACUAUUCCUACCCAUGACAGCUGGUCAGCCCUUCAAAUCCCCAACUCUAGUGGAAUGGGCACCCUUGCUCACACUACUAACUCCACCUCUAAUACCAGCCAGUACCCCAGCCUGUGGUCUGUUGCCGGGACGACUCUCACCCCCUCCGGAUCAACUUCAGGUUCAAUCGCUGGGGGUCUAACCUCCCAGUUUCUGCGUGGCUCCUCAGUCUCCUACUCAGGUCUGACCUCCUCUCUGCCCGUCUCUUCUCCCUCGUCCAUGUACGACCCAGGUCUAGGCGAGGUGGGAGUGGGCGAUGCCCAGUUCGAGAGCUCCAUUGCUAGGCUUACAGCUUCCUGGGCACCUGUGGCACAGAGCUAUUGA